GCUACUGAAGUAAAGCUCUAAAGGAGGUGUAAUGACAACGAAAGCAAACUCUCUUGUGACAGCAGGAUCUAUAGUUGUCCCUUAUGGACAUGCGAUUGGAAAUGAGAAGUGGAGGGGGUCAGAGAUAGCCCAGAGGCUACACGGGCAAAUUAGACUAAUCUUUGAAGAUGGCUUGGGACUUGUGGAUUUUCAUCUUUCAAACAGAACUUGCAUUUUAUAUAUUUCUGAAGCUGAUUUGGUUGCAGGGGAUGAAUUCAAACGAAGAUUGGUUCGGUUUAGAAAUGCCAGCAGUCUCAGGGGAAUUGUAAUUGUCGAAAAAACCCAAAUAAGCGAUCAGUACUUCUUAGCAGUACAAAAGCUUGUUGUGCUAGAACUUGGAAUGGUGUUGCUUCCUGUGGCAAAUCAAGGAGAAGCUUCUCAAUUCGUUACUCAAUUAGUCCGGGAGCUCAGUAGAGAGCGCAGCAGCAACCCCUUCCUUCGUAAGCAGUACUCACAGCUUGCAGAGCCAGCCGUGCUUCGGACAGUGCAACAAAUUCCAGGCGUCGGGAAGACAAAAGCUCUGCUUUUACUGAAGCGCUUUAGAAGCAUCCACCACCUUUGUAAUGCGUCUGUCAAAGAGCUCGAGCUAGCAGUUGGACAGACAGCAGCACAACAGGUUUACAGGUUUUUAUGUUCCUGACGUGUGUGCAGUGCUGUUUUGGAAAACAGACUUUUGUUUUUUUCAUAUGAAUUAUAAAAUUGUGGGUUUAAUAGUCACUUCUAUAAUCCAAAUAGCAACUGGAGGGUGUUCUUUACAGCUGUACUGGUCAUGUAGAUUGAUCUGUGCAAAUCAC